AUGGGUAACAAGCAGACCAUCUUCACUCCAGAACAGCUGGAUGCAUAUCAGGAUGCAACAUUUUUCACAAGGAAAGAAAUUCUGAGAUUGUUUGACAGGUACCGUGACCUGGCCCCUCAGCUGGUCCCGCUUGAUUACACAAACAGACCCAGCGUGAAGCUCCCCUACGAACUCAUUGGCAGCAUGCCCGAGCUAAAGGACAACCCCUUUCGACAGCGGAUAGCUGAGGUCUUCUCCGAGGAUGGUGAGGGCAACAUGACCUUAGAUGAUUUCUUGGAUAUGUUCUCAGUGAUGAGUGAAAUGGCACCUCGUGACCUGAAGGCCUAUUACGCCUUCAAAAUCUAUGACUUUAACAACGAUGACUACAUCUGCAAAUCGGAUUUGGAGAAGACCGUGAACAAACUCACCCGCAAAGAACUGACUCCCGAGGAAGUGUGUCUGGUGUGCAACAAGGUGAUGGAUGAGGCCGACCUGGACAAUGAUGGCAAGCUGUCCCUAGAAGAUUUCCAGCACAUGAUUGUGCGAGCCCCCGACUUCCUCAGCACUUUUCAUAUUAGAAUCUGAGUGAACAACCCACAGCGCCUCAAAAAGAAGGAAG